AUGGUAGCGGGAAAACUUAAGAGAAGCCCGGACGCCGGGGUGGCGACCGCGGUGCAAGGAAUUAUUCAACAUCAGAAGUUCAAGCGCAUGCUUCUUUUCGGUUUGCGCUCUCUAUCCGAUUUUUGCAGUCCUACCAACCAGCUCUAUCAGGAAAAUGCCCAAGAUGCAAUGGACAAGGGAGUUCUCCCUGCUAUGCAGACGGCAGUGGAAACAUUUCCAGAUGACGAGGAUCUUAUGAACUGUUGUUCGAGAGUCAUAUGGGCUAUGUCUGACGCAUGUAAAAGUGACCUAGACGCUGGACGCAUUGGACUUCUGGCUACGCAUGGAGGGGCUGUUUGCCUCGCGAUUGUCAACAGCGGUCCAAGCGAACCACAAACCGUGUCGGACACGAUGACAUUCGUUGAGAACAUGCACAGCAUGGGGAGCCCUCUGGACGGAGGAGCCCUUGCGCCGGGACUGUUAGCAAUUUUUUCGAAAAAGGUGGACAUGAAGACGGCAUCGCGUGUUGCGGCGGCUCUUGCUGUCGCCACGAACUCUCCUUCAGGAGCCCAGGCAGCGGCGGCAGCGGGAGGGAUGGGUCAGGUUUUAGAGUUCUGUCUUGCGAAUGGGGAUAUGUCUGAACCUGCAGUGCAGUGUGUUGAGUCGGUUUUCGACGCCUGCAGGCAUAUGGCAGAACAGGGUCAGGGGCAGCGCACAGUACUGGAGCAGUGCAUUGGCGUUAUGGACAAGUAUAGGAGCAAGAAGGGGGCCUUCUCGAAGGGUUCGGCAGCCCUGGCAUCGAUGAUCGGACCAGAGCAGCUACAGCAAUGCCUGGCGACUCUUAAGUCUAGUUCACCUGGCUCUCCCGAGCACGACGAAGCAUUAACAACUCUUGGAUCCAUGUCGUACAUCUCAUCAUUUACGGACGAGAUUGUGCGCGCUGGAGGUAUCCCUCUGUUGUGCGAGCUCAUCAACAGCAGCCUUACACAAAUCGAAUCAAGCCCGGAAAAAAUCUACAAGGUGAUCGGUGGGGCGGCAAAAAUGCUGGCUCGCAUUGCCUCAAAUCCGACGAACGUGGACUCGAUGGUACAGUCAGGAGCAGUGGCCACCCUAGCAACCGCAGUUUCUUACUGCACGGAUAACUUGGAGUGUUUGGGAGCUCUCUGCAUGGCGUUGACUCCUCUCGCUGCCCGCGAAAGUCUUGCUAGCGAGAUUGUGCAGUAUCAGACAUUCGCGACGGUCCUUCCGCUGCUGUACCAACAUGUGGAGAACUCUGACUUCGCUCCCCUGGCGAUGGAGCUGGUUGCCACUGGCUCUCAGCAUGCUGAGCUUCAUCAACACAUGGUGGCUAACCUGGCAGUGGAGAUCUGCGCAAUGUGCUGCAGUUACCACUUGAAAGAUACGGCUUUUCAGGCAAACGCGAUCCUCUCCCUUAACCGCUUGGCCGGCAAUUUGACCAGUGUCCGUAGCAUCUUGGAGUACAGCGGCUUUCAGGGUGUUAACGCCUCAAUUCGGGCAAACAUCCAGGACGCCACCAUCGUUCAGGGGGCUGUACAGCUUUAUGAGCAACUUUCAAAAGUGGCAGACGCGAAGACAUGCAUGGCCAACACUGAAUGCGCUGAUGCCGUACUGGAGGCAAUGCUUGAGCACGAGCAGAAUGAGGCACUGGUGAACUCCGGUGUAAACUGUUUGAGCGUGAUUGCAACGGAGGAUGACUGCAAUCGUCACCUCAGCGACCUGGAUACUGCUAUCCAGACGGCAAAGGGAGAUCCUGACCGCGCUUAUCGUGCGCUGGCGGCCGUUGCCGGCCUCAGUCGCGUUAGCCAUCUGCGGCAGUGUUUCGAGGCUAGGAAUGCUGCGGAAACGAUUUUGAAGGGCGUUCAAAACUGGAUUGACGGAGCACGCUUUGAGGGCCAAGGCCGCGUGAUUCGUGCAGGGCUUAAAACGGUAAAGAUCAUCAAGGUGAAUGGGGACGGAGAUCUUACCCCUGUCUUAGUGAGCAUGUGCGAAAUCGCGUGCCUUCCUCCAGUGAAACGCAUUGUAGAGCUCGAGGAGCCUGAUGACAACAUCUUGGUGCACUGCACAGCGGGUGCGAGGGACGUCGCGGCUACCAGCAGGAUCAGCAAGGAAAACAUUGAACCUGCAGUUGAGGCAAUAAUGAGAGUUAUGCGUAAAUACGCAGAUAGCAGGCGUUCCCAGAUCAACUGCCUUGAGGCCCUCAACUACCUUGCUCUGUGUGACUCCGGCGGUGGCGUGCAAGUGCUCAUCAAAGUUGGAUGCAUCAACGCUGUGGUGCAGUAUCUCAACAAGUCGCCGAUGUACCUAGAUGCUCAGAUUGCAGGAUUCACAGUCUUAGCGACUUGCGCAAAGGUUGACCCGUCUUCAGCCGAAGUCAUGAAAAGAUGUAAUGUUCUCUCCGCUUUGAAGGUGGCGAUGCGAACCCACUCUAAGAGCAAGGACCUCAAGAAGACUAUUGCUCCUCUUUUGGCCCUGCUCAUGCCCGUGGACGCUCUGGAGAGAGAAAUUGCAGAAAGAGUUGCGGAGUGCAAGGAUGCCAUGCAGAAGAACAGUAUGGUGGGCAUGCACGAAGCUCUUGUCGAGCUGAACGAGCUUCUGGUGUCUGCCGAGGGAGCAAAGAUCGCUGCCCGUCUUGGCGUUGGAGCGGACCUUGAACGAUUUGCAAACUACGCUGUUGGGAACAAGGCUGUCGCACUGGGAGCAACGGAAUACGAUAUUCUCGGCAAUGAUUUGUAUGUUGCCACGAUGUCGGAAAUCGCACAUGCCGUUGAGCAAAUGGCAUCGGUGAGGACUGGGUGUGUGCAUUGCAUCAAAACGGGGAAUGUGGAGAGCGUGCUGAGCAUAUACUCUGGUGUGAAUGGCACUGAAAAGUGCGUGCAUUCCGAGGAAGCCGCUCUUCACUCUCUGGAAGCUCUGCGGCUCAUGGUCAAGACGGACAGGAAGUCGGCAGAUGUCGCGUUCGAGCGCAAUGUUGUUGCUACUCUUUGUAGUGGGAUUGACAACUACCAGGACUCAGCAGCAGUGCUUGCGGCGACUUGUGGGUGCCUUGCGGCCUUGGCUACAACUCCUUCGCGGGUCGCAGCCUUAGUGGCACAGCCUGACUUUGAUAACCUUCUCAACAGGCUUGUUAAGGUCGUAAGCGAAGAUCCAAAGAGGGAAAAUCGGCUUGUGGCCAUCAAGGCGCUCAGGGAAUUGGUUGAGACAUGCAACGAUCCUUCCCUAGCAGUGAAGAUCUGUGAUGCCGGUGCUGUCAACGCGCUGUAUGCCACCAUCGAGAACUACGGAGACGACGAAGAACUUGUCCGUGAGGCAGCAACAACCUUGGCACUGCUGGGUGUGCACGAUGACCUCCGUCGUUUCUACGGAAAUGAUGUGCGCGCUCCAUGUAUGAUCCUCACGUCUGCGAUUGACAAGCAGAAAAAUAGCGGCGCAACAGCAUAUCAGUUGCUGAGUGUACUGAAUUGCAUUACAACACGCGAAGACCGCCCCGUUCUUAAGGAGCUUGGCGCUAUGGGACAAGUUGCAGACGCCAUGCGCCUUCACCCUGAUGAUGAGGAUAUCACAAGGGUUGGGGGCGAGCUCUUUGCCAAAAUGGGUGCGGAUGAACAGAUCAAGAGCAUCAUGCUUCAGAUUAUCUCUACAGUUGAGAGCGGCGACGAGAACACAGUGGCGACGGUGGACGCGCUGUGUGCGCAGUUGGCCAUGUAUUUGGCUGCCCCCCUUGACGAUCCAGCAGACGCGCUGCAGCACACGGAAAAAUGCCUCACGGCACUCACGACUGUGCUUCAGAUGGCACCGGAAGACCAGAGACUUCAUGGACACGUGGCUAUUGUGGCACGGAGACUUUGCGACCGAUGCUUCGACGAUCCUAAUGAUUCCUAUGGAGCAUGGGCAGUAGCAAGCAGUGGUUUGCUCCAUCAGCUUGCCUCCAUGAUCGCCUCUGGGCAGGUUGACAGUAACAAGGGCUUCCUGGUCCCAGGAUAUCGAACCCUUGCUGCGUGUGCUGCCAACCCCUAUAGCAUGCCUACACUUCAGGAGGUUGCACCUUCAUUUCUCCCGCAAACUUAUGCCUUGCUGGAAGCCUAUAAGAAUGACGCAGAGACGACUGCUCGCAUUCUCGAAUUCUUGAGAUACUUCGCAGAGGAUGCAAAUGGAGCUGCGCUCGUAAUACAGAACAUGAGCGGAUCUUCGGGCGACAUAGUCGCCCUUACUUUGCUGUUGAUGCAGCAGCACCAGCAGAGCGACGCUGUCGUGACAUCAGGGAUGUAUUUACUUGGGGCUCUUGCAUACAAUGGAGCUGUCUCGGGUGCGGAUCCGAUUCCGAAGUUUGCGGAUGGGUCUGCGUUGCGGGAGUGCGAAACGCUUUGUGGAGCGAAUGCUAGCCAGGAGCGCAUGAUUGCUUAUGCAAACUUGGUGGAACGUCUGAUCCUUUCUCAGUCGUACGGGGAUGCUCUUUCCAAGCAAAAGGCCUUGGAAAAGCUCGUUAUGAGGAUGCAGGCCGAAGAGGAGUCAAAGAAACUCCCAGAGGAGGCACGUGCCACUAUGCUGUGCGCUGUCUGCCGGGUGUUUAUGGCAGCUGGGGCCGCCGCACUGGUUUGUGAAGUCGAGCGUUCGAAGGGCUUUGAAUUGAUUAUACAGGCAAUCGAGGACUAUCCAGAUAACCCAGGCGUUCUCCGCGAUUCUUGCCGAGCGCUUGCAGCCAUGUCAGCUAGCGAUGCCAACUUGGCGGCUCGCACGAUCAAGGAAGCAAUACCACUGCUGGCUGCGGGUGAGGCCCAGGCAACUAUAGCGAGUAAUGCGGAGUGCGCCGAUGCAUACUGCGACUUACUGAUGCAGCUGUGUGCAACUGAGGGCAACGGAAGGCAACUCCUAGCAACUGAUGGCGUGGAAGAGUCAUUGAACAGAGUAGACGCUCUUUGCGAUGCUGGGGGAGCGGAAGAUGCUGUCGAGUUAAAGAAGAAGACGGCCAUGAUUCGCCAAGCCAUGGCGGACGACCAGCCGCACGAAAAGACGUGCAAGGAUGUCUACGACCUUUUGAACGGCCGUGUCGCGUCGUCACUCUCGAUCGCAAUUCCGGAGGUUGCAGUUUUGCAAGAGGAGCUUGAGUUCGUAUUCGGCCGAUUGGUUAUGUACAACGGCGAAAAGCUUGAUUGGCAAACACCAAUCGGUGCUGAUCACCAGUACGGGAACAUGGCGCUGGAGAUUUUCGCGACUUCCCCAGUUAACUACAAAGCACUGCAGCAGCAGGACUUCGUCAAGAUGGAACUGUCGAUUAUGAAGAGCGUAAAAGAUGAAGAAAUUGUUCUCUACUCCGUCAAGGCCCUAGCUGCUGGCUGCAAGAAUCCGGCCUGUGCCCAAGAUGCUGCAAGAACAGUAGGCUGUCCAAAUAUCGUAACGGAAGCAGUAAGCAGGAUAAACAAGGACACGACCCUAUCAAAUGAAAGGAAGGAGGAGCACUUGUGCUCUAGACUUUUGCUUGUCGAGCGCACUGCUGUCAACCGUAACCUCUACAACAAGACGAACGCUGUCUCUGAGCUUAUCCGGUGUUGGAAUGACUACGACAAGGGCCUGUACUCGACUGCGUUGCUGAGGCAUGUAUUCCGUGCCAUGAGGCGAAUAGUCUCAGAUGCUCAUGUUGACGAGCUGCUGAAGGCUAAUGUGCUGCAGCGCUUGAUUGCUAUAGUAAAGAAUCUCAACUCGGACAUAGCGUUGCUGCCGGACGUCCUUUUCUUGCUGGGUUCGCUGGCAGUGGUGCCGGAGAUCAAGACCAAAAUUGGAGAGCUGGAUGGCGUAGCGGCAUGCAACGAAUUACUUCAGCGGUCCCUUGCGAAUCCGCAGGCGACAGCAGUAGUUACGAACACAUGUCUCGCUUUUGCGAACAUUUGCAUUGGCCACAAGAAGAACACCGAACUGUUCCACAAGCUGGGAGGUCCAGAUCUCACCGUUCGUGUCUUGAACGAGCGCUGCAAAGAAUAUGAUGUUUGCAAUGCGGCGUCAGUGUUGCUCUGCAACUUGCUUUACAAGAAUGAGCAAAUGAAGCACCAUCUUGGUACUAAUGGAGCCCCGGCUGCUCUCGUGAAGGGUCUUUCAAAUUACGACGGUUCGACGGAGCGGUCUGCUAUACGCUGUUUGGAGUCGCUCUUCAAAGCUAUUAGCAACCUGUCUCUGUACACGCCAAAUAUCCAGCCAUUCCUGGACGCUGGAAUUGAGAAUGCCUACAGCGCGUGGUUAAGCAAUCUGACUGGGGACUUCCCGGAUGCACAACUUGAAACAGGUUGCCGUACUCUGGCCAACCUUGUGAUGGAGAAUGACCCAAAUAACAUGCGGAAGUUUGGUGUUUGUUUGCUACCGUGCAUGCAGGUUGCGAGUCAGGGGCGCCAGGAUACGAAGGCUUUAAUGCUUCUUUUAGAUAUAGAAGCAUCUCUUUGCCGAUUGGAAGAAAAUGCCGUAGCGUUUGCUGACAAUGGGGGAAUUGAAACGACAAUUCGCAUUAUUCACCAGUUCGACUAUGACGUAGGACUACUGACGCUGGGCAUUCAUUUGUUGAGCAUCCAGUCUUCACUAAUGCCUUCAGUUCAGCGCAUGGUGGAGGCUGAUGUAUUUUCCAUUCUUGUCGGAUGCGUGGAUGUUGACGCUGAGGGGAAUGAGGUUACCGAUCUUGUUGUGGGUGGCCUCCGCUGCACACGGCGCAUCAUUAGGUCGCAGGAGCUUGCUUUCGAGUACUGCAAUGCGGGUGGUAUCGCAACCGUAGCGAAUGUCAUCUGCAAGUCGAUAAACCAGCCCAUGGUCAUGCUGGAGGCUUGCCGAGUUCUGCUUUGCCUCCUCGCCUUGACAACAAGGCCGCAAGAGGAACGUGCGGCGGCCGUGCAGGCGCUGCAUGAAGCAGCUGCGAAGGCAGCUGAGGAGUCCGGUGCUGUGCCAGACGAGAAUGGCGAAACUCGAGAAGCUGAGCCAGACCCCGAGGAGCUUGCAAAUGCUGCCUACGGUGGUUGGUAUCACAUGGGGAUGGAUGAGGUCAUGAUCGGAGCAAUUAUUCAGGCUGUUUGCGCAUGCGCUGGUUCUGAAAGCCAUGCGAAACAGCUGCGUCUACAGCGUGUGUCUCUUGGUGUGGCUGCAUACUUCGUAUCGGAGCAGAUGGGUCAGGACUCUUUUGUAGGGAGUGGAGGAGAACUCAUGAUCAUGCAGGCCCUCAAUUCUUUCCCCGGGGAGCUGUCUCUUGCUCAGCUUUCAUGUAUCAUCGUCAAUUCAAUCGCAAUGACAUCGGGUGACAUGUAUGAGAGCAUUAAGACAAGGGAACUUGUGGCGGCGUUCAAAACGAGCAUAUCAAAAAUAGGGAACAAGAAACCCGAAGAGAAGGCUAUUCGCGAUGAGUGCCAGAAGACACUGGAUGCGCUGGGCUCAAACCUCGAUCCUAUGGACGCUUUUGCGUCCACUGUAACCGAAUUGGACAUGAACAUUACGCAGUGGAAUGUGGACCCAUAUCCUAAUGGCGUACACGACUUACCGGUUCACGUGAAAGAAGCCCUUCGUAAGGGUGGCGAACUUAAAGUGUACAUUGGCGACAAGGAUGCAGAGAAGAUCAGAUGGCGUAGUUCGCAGGACCUCAACUCUUUCGAGUGGAAUGUUGGCAAUGAAACGGACUGGAACAACCGCGUGCCUAUUGUUCGGAUCCGAAACGUUGCAAAGGGCUUGUCGCACCCUGCGCUUGUCAAGGCGAACAAGAAGUCGAGGAGCGUGACCUCGAAGAUUUGUCUUUGCAUCUUCGGCCCACCAAACGAAGACAAUCCAUCGGGCAUUGAGCUGCCGCUUCGGGCCAAGUCACAGAAGGAACGUGACCAGCUUGUCGAGAUACUUGUGCAGUGGCGCGAUGCUGCUACUUACAACUUCUGA